CAGGCACCGCCGGCAGCGCUGCCCAUCCCCGACACGGGGCAGGCACCGCCGGCAGCGCUGCCCAUCCCCGACACGGGGCAGGCACCGCCGGCAGCCCCGGCGGGGAGAGCGGGACCCUGUGGCUUCAGUGUUGGCACCGCGCAUGCGCCGCCGCCUGCGCCCCGCGCCUCGGCCGCCCGGCGGCGCGCGCUGCCCGGCCAGGCCCGGCCCGCCCCGGAACCUGUAUAGCGCGCGGGGGCGGCUGCGCGCGGGCGGGAGCGCCGCCGCCAUGCGGGUUGCGGGGUGGGCGGGGCCGCGCGCGGUGCACGUCGGGCCGGCGGCGGACCCGGGCCCGGCGGGUAGCUCAGGCUCGCAGCAAAGACGCCACCGCCGUGUCUCACAGGCCCCUGGCUCUGUGCCCCAGUGCUCCCUGGCAGGAUCCAUGUGUGGGGAGCCGGGGCAGGAUGGAGAGCCUGGGGCUGCCAGCAGUGACCCUUGGGGAUGGCACCACGGCCUACCUGCAGCAGGCUGGCAGAGGUGAAAAGCUGAUUGAAGGGCAAGUCAUUGAACUUGAAGAUGGGACCACAGCUUAUAUCCAUCAGGUGACUGUUCAGAAAGAGGCUGUGGCUUUUGAAGACGGGCAGCCAGUGGUGCUGGAGGAUGGCAGCAUGGCCUUCAUACACAGCACAGCUAAAGAGAGUUACGAGCCCGGCACGUUCCAGGCUGUCCAGCUAGAGGAUGGCUCCACUGCCUACAUCCACCGUCCUGCCAUGGUGGCACCUGGCAGCACCACCCUGGAAGUGAAGACAGAAGCUGGGCUCGAGGGGUUGGCUGGGAAGGAGGAAGAUGAUGGCUUUGAUGUGGACACCAUGAAUGCAUUGCAGCAGUAUGGCAGAAAGGGGGCUGAUGAGGAAGAGGAGGGAGUGACAGAUGCCUGCCAUAUGAAGAGUAAGGACUCCAGCAACAUUCCUUCCCAGGAUUUGCAGGAGGAGGUGGUGCAGAACCAGAGGAAGGGGCAGCAGGUCAGCAGCAGAGCUUUCCGCUGUGGGUACAAAGGCUGUGGCCGCCUCUACACCACUGCCCACCACCUCAAGGUACACGAACGUGCUCACACAGGUGACCGCCCAUACACGUGUGACUUCCCAAGCUGUGGGAAAGCAUUUGCUACAGGGUAUGGUCUGAAGAGCCACGUGAGAACACACACAGGAGAGAAACCCUACAAGUGUCCAGAAGACAUGUGCAGCAAAGCCUUCAAAACCUCCGGGGAUCUGCAGAAACACAUCCGCACGCACACAGGUGAGCGUCCCUUCAAGUGCCCCUUUGUGGGCUGUGGCCGCUCCUUCACCACGUCCAACAUCCGCAAGGUUCACAUCCGCACGCACACGGGCGAGCGGCCCUACAUGUGUGCAGAGCCCGGCUGUGGCAGGGGCUUCACCAGCGCCACCAACUACAAGAACCACAUGAGAAUCCACACAGGAGAGAAGCCGUACCUGUGCACGGUGCCGGGCUGUGGGAAGCGCUUCACAGAGUACUCCAGCCUGUACAAGCACCACGUGGUGCACACGCACUGCAAGCCCUACACGUGCAGCAGCUGUGGCAAGACCUACCGCCAGACCUCCACCCUGGCCAUGCACAAACGCAGCAGCCACGGAGAGCUGGAGGCCACCGAGGAGAGCGAGCAGGCCCUGUACGAGCAGCAGCAGCUGGAGGCUGCUGCAGCUGCUGACAGAGGCUCUCCACUGAAGAGUCAGCAUAUUGCUUUCCUGUCAGAGAUGGAGGAAGAUGAAGAGGAAGAUGCUGUGCCUACACAAGUCUCGCUUAUCUCUCAGGAUGGGACAGAGCAGGUCAGUCUGUCCCAGGAAGAGCUGCAGGCCCUGGGCAGUGCCAUCGGCGUGGUGACACAGAGCAGGCCCGAGGGAGAGCUGGCAGGAGGUGACACUGGGACCGUCACUGUGGCCAGCACCGAUGGCACCGAGGCGCAGGAGGUGACCAUAGUCGCUUCUGGGGCAGUGGUGUCAGAGGAAUCGGACAUCGCCCUGCUCUGUCAUCAGCAGGUGGCAUUGCUGGCCACCUCCCACGGCACCCACAUUGCUGUGCAGCUGGAAGAGCAGCAGAGCCUGGAGGAAGCCCUCAGCAUGGCCACGGCAGUCAUCCACUACGAGCCAGUGCCACCAGCCACAGCCCUGCCGGAGAAGGGGAGCUGAGGCCCGCGGAGCAGCCGGGGCAGGGCAGGGGCAGCCCCCGCCUGCCGUGGGCAGGGGUGGUGGGUGCUGCAGGACGUGGGGCAGGGGCAGUGUCUGGGCCAGUGCCAGUGUGUGCCCUGUGCCAGCCGGGACACUGACGGGGCAGCACGGGGCUGCUGGGGUACCCUGUCUGAAGGGCUCUUCUCUCCAGGGAGAGAGGGCAAAUCCACUGGACUGCUGCCUGCUCCUGGGCUCUGAGCAGCAGCUCCUUUUUGAGGGGCAUUUCCUGCCCUCUCCCUCUAGGAAUGGUUCAACAGCUCCUCUUUCUUGUUGCCCACCCCUCCAGCUCAGGGGCCAGUGGGCAGCACAUGCACAGAAGCAAUAAAGGCCCAUCAGAGCAAGCCCAGGCUGUCCUGAGCUGGGUAUGGAGGGUGACCAGUUCCUGCCAUUGGAGCCAGCACUGGGAUGGCUCUAGCAGUAUUUCUCCCAUCUCUUUUUCAUGUUCCUUUCUCAAGCAAAGCUUCCAUGGCAGACUCCUUAGCUGUGGAGCAGAGCUGCCAGCACUUGCCAGGAGCUGAGCUAGACCUGGAUGUAAAUGCUGAGUUGAAAUUAAAAAUUAAAAUGUUUGUUUUUAAAAGGA